AUGGCUGGUGUUCCUAGAAAAUAUAAAAGAGUAAUGUCGUCCAGUAGCAAAUCAACAGUGUGCUCAAGGGUUACCUCAAGUUUGGCUAAUGACACUCUUUAUGAUGCUAUGGAUAUUUCCUCGUCAUCGGUGUCGACUAAUGCUGAUGAAGUUCAAACAUUUAGUGGUUGUUCAUCAAGUGAUGAAAGUGAAGAUAGUGAAGAUGGUGAACGAGAUGAUAUGCCUUGCAGUAAAAAUUUAGAUGAGUUUGAGGAAUAUUCUGAUAUUGGAGACAUGAAGUAUGAGUGUCAGUAUUGUGGGGCUUUGCAUUGGAAGCCACCGACUUUAUUAUGGGAUUUGAUAAUGGGAAAUGAUGUUCGUAGUCGAGAAUUCUUAGCAAAUAUAAGAAGUUAUAAUAGUGCUUUUGCUUUUACUUCAUUUGGUGGAAAAAUUGAAAGUGGUCUAAAUGACGGAGGCGGUCCACCACAAUUUGUUAUUAGUGGGCAAAAUUAUCAUCGUAUUGGUAGCUUGCUUCCAAAUGUGGGAGAGACUCCUAAAUUUGCCCAACUUUAUGUUUAUGAUACUCAGAAUGAGAUCCAAAAUCGAAGUUCACACUUUAGGAAUUCGGAUGGAAGUUGUAAGCUAAACAAAUCCUUAAUUGAAGAUCUUUUGGCAAUGGUUGAUGAGUGUAAUGUCUUGGUGAAAUCAUUUCGAAAGGUACGUGAUUUCAUUUCUAUCAACCCAUUGUUAAGGAUUUCUCUAAGAUUGUUUAGGGCUAGACCCAAAGACCCAAGAGUGUACAAUUUACCUUCUGUGGAUGAGGUAGCUGGUUUAAUUGUUGGUGAUUUUGAUUCUACUGAUUGUGGUCGAGACAUAGUUGUUAGUUCAAUGGAUUAUGGAUAUAAAGAAGAUAUUUUGUUUCGCCAAGAUGGAGAUGGUCGUGUUUUUAAAAAGAGAGUACGAGUAUCUUUGAGAGAAUUUAUUUCUUUUAGAAUUCAUGAAAGAAUGAGAGAGGAUUCAGUUAUAUUGCGUAGUAGAAGAUUAUUCCAACAAUUUCUUGUGGAUUGUUAUUCGAUGAUUGAGGCUCAAAGAUUAUCAUAUAUCAAGGGUAAUCAAAAGACAAUACGUCGGGACUUCUUAUCUGGAUUGGAGGAGGCUAUGGAGAAAGGUGAUGUCGAUUCAGCAUCAGUUGGAACAAGGAUAGUUCUACCUUCAUCAUUUACUGGUGGAAGAAGAUAUAUGUUUAACAAUUGUCAAGAUGCAAUGGCAAUCUGUAAACAUGUUGGAUAUCCAGAUCUUUUUAUAACUGUUACUUGCAACCCAAAGUGGCUUGAAAUUCAAAGGUGUGUUUCUGAAAAAGGCUUGAAUGCCUAUGAUCGCCCUGAUAUCUCGUGUCGGGUUUUUCAUAUUAAAGUGAAGCAGUUAAUGCGUGAUUUGAGGAAAGGUCAAUAUUUUGGGAAAGUCUCAGCUGAGUUACCUGAUCCAGUUGCUAGCCCGAAACUAUUUGAAGUUGUUUCUAUGUUCAUGGUCCAUGGUCCAUGUGGUAGUAGUAGGAAAAAUUCUCCGUGCAUGGUAAAUGGUCGGUGUUCCAAAUUUUUUCCUAAGAAAUAUGUGGAUAAGACCUCAUUUGACAUUGAUGGUUAUCCGACAUAUCGAAGGAGGAACACUGGUGUUUUUGUUGAAAGACGUGAUGUUCAAUUAGAUAAUGGGUAUGUUGUUCCUUAUAAUGCAAAAUUGUUGAUGAAGUACCAAGCCCACAUUAACAUUGAAUAUUGUAACAAAUCGAAUUGCAUCAAAUACUUAUUUAAGUAUAUCAACAAAGGAGUUGAUCGGGUUACAGUUUCAAUGAAAAAUGAAUGUAAUGAAGGACAAAAUGUGCCGGAGGUUGAUGAGAUCCAACAAUAUUAUGAUUGUCGUUAUUUGUCUGCUUGUGAAGCUGCUUGGAGAUCAUUUUCAUUUCGUAUUCAUGAUCAUUGGCCUCCCGUUCAGCGAUUACCUUUUCAUAUGCCCAACAAACAAGUUGUAUUAUAUGGUAAUGAAGAACCAAUUGAUAGGGUCGUUCAAAGAGGUCAGAUGUCUGAAACAAUGUUUACUGGGUGGAUGGUUGCUAAUAUGAUAUAUGAACAUGGUAGGCAUUUGACAUAUGCUGAGUAUCCGCAGUUAUUUGUUUGGCAUCCUAAAGAUAAAGAGUGGCGACCACGCAAAAGAGGGUUUUCCAUUGGAAGAAUGAAUUUUAUACCUUUGGGGUGUGGGGAGGUAUAUUAUUUGCGUUUAUUGUUAAAUCUACAAUGUGGAUGCACAAGUUAUGCCGAUUUGAGAACUGUUGAUGGUGUUGUUCGAGUGAGCUUUCAGGAAGCAUGUUCUGCCUUGGGAUUAUUAGAGGAUGAUAAAGAAUUUAUUGAUGGAUUAAUUGAUUGUGCUGAAUUGUCAGGUGGUAUGUCUGUUAGAAAGUUGUUUAUGGUGUUGCUAUUAUCUAAUUCAAUUGUCACACCAGGAAAAGUUUUUGAGGAAACUUGGAGGUUGUUAGCCGAUGGAAUUCUUUAUAAGCGAAGGAAAUUACUUUGCAAUCCAGCUUUGCGUUUGGAUGAUCAGACUUUGAAGACGCUUUGUUUGGUUGAGCUUGAAAAAAUGUUAGUUAAUAAUGGGAAAACACUAAAGGAUUUUCCUGGCAUUCCGUAUCCUAUUUCAGAUGAAGUCCCUCAGUUUGAGAAUGUCAUGUUGUUUAAUGAGUUAAGAUUUGACAUUGAUGAUAUGUCAGUUAAACAUAAUGACCAUUUGAUGAAGUUGAAUAAUGGUCAAAGGAAAGUGUAUGAUGAGGUUAUUGAUGCAGUUAAUAAAUCAGAUAGAGGAUUUUAUUUUGUCUAUGGUUCAGGUGGUACAGGAAAAACUUUUCUUUGGAAAACUCUAAGUUAUAGAUUAAGAUCUGAGCGGAAGAUUGUGUUGAAUGUUGCAUCCAGUGGUAUAACAUCUCUUUUGUUACCUGGUGGGAGGACUGCACAUUCGUUAUUUAGUAUCCCACUUGUGUUAAAUGAGGAUUCAUGUUGUAAUAUUAGGCUGGGUAGUAACAAGGCAGAGUUGCUUAAACAUACAAGUUUAAUUAUAUGGGAUGAGGCACCUAUGGUUAAUAGGUGGGCAUUUGAGGCUGUUGAUAGAACCUUGCGUGAUAUAAUGGAAGUUGGGGAUGUUUAUGGUGGGGGAAAGCCCUUUGGUGGAAAAGUUGUGGUUUUAGGGGGAGAUUUUAGACAAACUCUUCCUAUUAUCCCGAAAGCAAGUAGGGAAGAAAUUGUAAUGGCUACUAUUAACUCAUCAAGACUAUGGAAAUUUUGCAAAGUCUUAAAACUUACUGAGAAUAUGCGUUUGCAUGGGAAUGAUUCUUUACAUGAUUGUGAAAAAUUGGUUGAAUUUAGCAAGUGGAUACUUGAUAUUGGUGAUGGUAAUUUGGGUGAUUACAAUGAUGGUGAAUGUGAUUUAGAUAUUCCACAUGACUUGAUGGUUCCCUUUAAAGAUGAUGUUGUGUCAAGUAUAGUUUAUUCCACCUACCCUGAUAUUCAAAGGAAUUUUUUUGAUGAGGAAUAUUUUAUUGAUAAAGCUAUUCUUGCUCCCACUUUGGAUAUUGUUGAUAGUGUGAACCAGUUUGUGCUUUCCAUAGUACCUGGCAAAGAAAAAGUGUAUUUAAGUUCAGACAGUGUAGUCAAAGUUGAUGAAGAUGUAGCCAUUGAUGCAAAUUGGAUAACCAUUGAGUUUUUGAACGGCAUUAAGGGAUCUGGACUUCCUGAUCAUAGGUUGUGUUUGAAAAUUGGAACGCCCAUUAUGUUAAUGAGAAAUAUUGAUGUUUCAGCUGGGUUAUGCAAUGGAACUCGGCUUAUUGUGUUGGAUCUUAGACCAAAUUUGAUUUAUGGGAAAGUGCUAAAUGGAAAUAAAGCUGGCACAAAAACAUACAUCCCACGCAUGACUAUUGUUCCUUCUGAUAGUGGUCUACAUGUUAAAGUUCAACGUAGGCAAUUUCCGGUGUGUGUUUGUUUUGCAAUGACAAUUAAUAAGAGUCAAGGGCAGACGUUGUCUCGAGUGGGGGUUUUUUUACCGAGACCUGUUUUUUCCCAUGGUCAACUAUAUGUUGCGUUGUCGCGUGUGAAAUCAAGGGAUGGAUUGAAAAUUUAUGUUGACCAGACAGAGGUUCCGCCUUUGGAGCACACAAAAAAUGUUGUUUACAAAGAAGUAUUCAAAAAUUUAAGUUGA